AUGCCCAAUCCGGACUCGACUUUAUCUGCCCAGGGACCGAGAGAGACUGGGGUUGGUCAUUUCAGCGAAUGGUCUCGCGAGAACAAGCGACGGUUUCUCAUCGACUGGCAGGCUGGAAGAUCCUCGGAAUGGAUCAUCGUGCAGGGUAACGAAGGCGGCGACCUGGACUCCAUGGCAGCGGCUCUCACGUGGGCCUACCAUCUGCAGCACUCCACGGAGAACGCAACACAUCCGGUCAAGGCGAUUGCGCUUCUGCAGACGCCCACCGAUGCCCUGGACUUGCGCCCCGAGAACAAGGUCGCACUGGACAACUCUUUGAUGAGCUCAGGGCACUCGGAUUUACUCACCUUGGAUGAAUUGCCUGAGGACCCACAAACCCUGGCAAGUGACAUCAAGGGCAUCAUUCUGGUCGACCAUCCAGUGCCGCUGAGGAAAUGGAACAAUGCAGCAAUUCUCAGCAUCUUCGAUCAUCAUCACGACAAGGGCGCAGGACCAGACGCCAAACCUCGUGUGUUCGAGAAGGUGGCAAGCUGCACAACCCUGGUUGCUCGGCAGAUGCUGGACGAGCUGGAGGCUCUUCCACAGGAAUACCACAUGCCUCACGAGCUGCUCGAACUAAUCUUGUCCGCGAUUGCCAUCGAUUCUGGAGGUCUUGGAAAGGCCACGGAUGAAGACCGCAAGACGGCCGAGAGGGUCCUGAAGCGGAGCAACUGGCGAAAAAAAGAUCUUGAUGACAAGAUGGAACAGCUAGAUGAUAAGCUCGGCAAGGCAAAGAAGGAUCUUGGCCAUUUAGGCCUUCGUGAUCUCCUCCGAAGAGAUUGGAAGGGCGACUUGGUCGACACGCCGUCGCCACGCGUUCCUACUGUAAGCUUAGGUUUCUCGUCAAUCCCGUAUUCGUUUGACGACCAAAUCAAGAAGACGGAAUUUGAGGAGCUAUUCGACUGGUUUGCGAUCGAAGCAGCCUGGACUGCGCAGGUCGGUGCAGAUAUCAGCGUCGCUUUGAACAAGUACAAGAUCCGGGACAAGAAUGGCAAGAAGAAGAAGAUCAGGGAGAUUGUUUUGUGUGUACGCAAGGAUGUACGUAUCGAUGAAGAACAGGCGGACAGCCUCUUCCAUACUGUCUCGAAGGCUAUCGAGGCAGAUACGACGUUGAAUGUCAAGCCGUGGCACCGGGCCGGCGAGCUUGGAAAACGACAAAUGGUAUGGACACACGAGCGCGCCGAUGCUGGCAGGAAAGUCAUUCGUCCAAUCGUUGACGCUGCGGUUGAAGCAUGGGACAUGUAG